AUGGGUGGAUUCAAGAUCAUCGAGGACCGCCCGACGCCCAAGUGCGUCUACAACGCGCGCGUCUAUCUCCAGGCAACAGUCGUUGCAUUUGGCGCUUUAACUUUCGGAUAUGAUGGAGCCUUCUUUGGAACGACGGUUGCGCGCACGAAGUUCAAGUCGGACUUUGGUAUUACCGACUCGCAAGCCAUUAGCAAUUUGACGUCCGUCUAUUUAGCAGGAGCCUUCUUUGGCGCGUUGGCUGCAUGGCCUGCCAUGGAGCGCUUUGGUCGUCGUAUGCCGCUUCAGAUUGCCUCGAUCGUGUUCGUCGUCGGCGCUAUCCUCAUGGUGGCCACCAGCCACAGCCUUGGCAUGAUGUACGCCGGCCGUGUCAUCACGGGUCUCGGUGUGGGCACUCUGACAGCUGUCAUCCCAACGUACAUUUCGGAAAUCGCCCCACCUGCGCUCCGUGGAACGCUGACAGGUCUCUUCGAAGUCUGCUACCAGGCCGGCUCGCUCGUUGGUUUCUGGAUCAACUACGGCAUCAACCACCACGUCGACGUUAACACUGCUCUGGCCUGGCGUAUCCCCAUGGCCGUGCAGCUCAUUCCCGGCGGUCUCCUCGGCCUCGGCACGCUCAUCCUCAGGGAGUCGCCCCCAUGGCUCUUCCGCAAGGGCCGCGACGACGAAGCUCUCGAGGUUCUCUCGUACAUCCGCAAGCUUCCCGCAGACGACAAGUACAUCCAGGAGGAGGUCGGCAUGAUCCAGUCUCUCAUGGCUGAGGAGGCACUCAUCACGGGCGGCGAACACGGAAUGAUGGCAUACCUCCGCGGAGCUUUCGGAUUGCUCAAAACCAAGAACAUUCGCCACCGCGUCGCUGUCGUCUUCUUCAUGUUCCUCUUCCAGAACUGGAGCGGAGCAAUUGUAAUCAAUUAUUACUCUCCAAGCAUCUUCAAGAGCGUUGGCAUCGUCGACUACACCUUGUACACUGGAAUCUACGGACUGGUGAAGGCCAUCGGGUCGUUUAUUUUCUUCCUGUUCGUGGUCGAUCGUUCGGGGCGUCGUGUCCCCUGGCUGCUUUCCGCCACUGUGUGCGCCGGGUGCCUGCUCUACCUGGGAAUCUACGUCAAGGUUGCCGCACCCGCCGCGGGCAAGACCAUGUCGGCUUCGUCGCAGGCUGGUGGCAACGCGGCGAUUUUCUUCAUCAUGCUCUACUCGCUCUUCUGGUCGUUUGGUGGCAACGGACUGCCCUGGAUUGUUUCGUCUGAGAUGUUCCCCAUCAGCCUGCGUUCCAUCACUGGAGCGUUCGCCGCAAUGUGCCAAUGGCUCUUCUCCUUCUCGUCCACCAUGGCCGCUACCCAGCUCCAGCUCAAGCUCAAAUGGGGUCUGUUCGUCUUUUUCGCUGCCAUCUGUCUCGUCACCGCCAUCUUCACGUUCUUCUGGGUCCCCGACACCAAGGGUAUCCCCAUCGAGUGCAUGGAGGCUCUCUUCUCCGGCCGCUCGCGCCACGCCCAGUUCCUGCAGAAGAAGGUGUUCCCGCCCAACGGUAUCCCUCCCUUCCCUGGAAACCUCCAUGCUCCCGUCACCCGCCAGAAGUCGGUCACCUCGCAGAAGGAUGCCGACGGCAUGUUUGAGCACUCUGAAGCUUAG